AUGAUAGCCGUGACCCAGCAGCAGCGGGGGCAAUCCAUGAUGAACGGCAGUGAUGUGGGUCUGGGCCACGCAUUGCCCGACAUAGACGGGCUCUUCAAGGCGGUGGUAACUAGUUCCCUCGACGAGAUUCUGCAGAAGCGGCCGACGGAGCCCAUCCGUUUCCUCGCGGAUCGUCUGCUCGAGCGCAGCGACAGUCACGAAGUAGAGAGACAUGUGUGCGUGGUUGGCGACAACACGCAGUGCACGCUGACCAAGGCAUGUACUCGCAAAGAAGGGGCAGAGGUGUUGCAAGUCCCCGGCCUGCCCCUGCUGCGGCUCUUGACUCCCACUGCGUUUGAGCUCGAUGCGGCGUUGCGCCACCUUGACUCCAUCACACCGCCGGCGUCUAAAAUUGUCGUGUUCGUGGAGCCGCCGUGCAUGCCGACCGAUUUGUUCUUCCUGAAGGGCGUGCCGUACUUCGCCGACGUGACGGAGAAGAUCCUCUGCCAACGCCGCGGCGGCGCCCGCGACGAGAUAAUUGACGGGUGUGUGGGAUCCACCGAAAAGAUCACAUCACUCCUGCAGAGUGCACUCCAUGUUGGUGUUACUACACUGCACGUUGAGGUGGCUGCGGUGGCAACGCCGGAGUCACGGUUUCACAUUGUUGAGUUGCCUGAUGUGCAAUGCGACUUUCUCAAGCUGUUUGACGUAAUUGACACGGCGCUGGGUGUGAAAUCGCACCACUGGGAUAAGCAUGCCGACUCUCAAGUGGAAGUCCCCUCCGUUCUGUUCGCUUCCUUCAAUCCGCGGGCGUCCAGUACCACCUUUUCACGGAUCAUCGCUGCAAUGCUUCCACCCCACGAACAGGUGCAAAGGCGUAAAAUUGUCUCCACGCUGGAGAAGGGCAAAGCGCGCAUCCGACAGCUCAACUACGGCUACGUCACAGAGUAUUGGACGGAGGUAUUGCAGCGGAGGAACGAGCGAGAUCAGAAGCGGGGAAUACCAAGGUCGGGAGGUAGGCCCCGCAGCAAGACUUCAAACCAAUCGCGCUCGUCUGAGCGCCGACUGCAGUCUGGUGAUGGCAAGCAAAAUAGCGAGUCGUCCAUUUUACGUGCGCAGCGGCGUGCAGAUGAGGACGCGAUAUUCCUUCGCGUGUCGCAGUACCUGCAGUCGCAAGCCGCAACGCGCAUUCAGGCGCUCUACCGUGGCUACAGGUGGAGGAAAAAAGGGCCUGUACCCCGCCCUCAGAACGUCCCUUCAUCUGACGUGGCUUCUUUGGCAAGGGGUCUUCCUCCCUCGUUGCCGCCUCUGCUGCAGCGCUCUGUGGAGCGCCUCAAUGCCGUACAUGACGAACUCUUCAGCAACUACCCAGUGUCGUGCCCGCCUUUGCCACGCCGUGUCACUGUGCUGAAGCCGGUGCGUACAGUGAUCAAGGCGAGCGGUUGCUCUGACAAGGGAAGGGAAGAUGUCGACAGUGAGGCUGAGUCGUGGGAGGAGGAGCAAGUAGAUCUGCCGAUGAAACGGCAGACACAGCCAUCUCCGCACUUUAACCCCCUCCUUCGCCUCAUGGAGUGCGAAUACCUAAGUAAAUGCAACACAAUUGAGUACGCAAUGGCCAUUCAAAAUGAUUGCAGUGGUCUCUCAGUUUUGCAGCGACGUGCCUACGACUGCUACAAGUCAUUGGUGCUAAGCCUACUGCAUAUCGCUUACUUGGAGUUGUAUUACCGUGGAAAGCUGCCAAUGACAGUGGCUUCCUUUCAAGAAUACGUGCAUCGCUUCCACAUAGAUGUGCUUGGUUGGUUCUCCGCGCCGCACCUAUUCUCUCGCAUUGCCCUUCGCACCGCGGUGGAUACCCCCCAGAAAUAUUCUCUACUGUGCAACAGGGAGGUUCUUGAGACAGAGCGAGUGCUUCUCGCCCGUGCGUACAACACAGGUCAUCUAUACGUUGGCCAACAACAACAGCAGCAGCAACAGCAACAGCAACAACAGGCAAACGAUCAGAUUUCGCCACUAUUCUCUGUAGUGUCAGCUGACGGAAUGGGUAUAAGUUGGCUUUGUGCUGGCGUGUACGCGACGUCCGCGUUCCUCACGGAUGAUGCGUGGGAGGCCGCCCUGCAGGAAGUGUCUCACCACAGAGCCGGGGAAAAAGUGGCGUGGUGGAGUCUCCACCCCCACCCCGCGGUGUACGUGAACGGGGAGCCGCUGGUGCUUGUGCCGCGACAUGAGCUGCAGGAGGUGGAAGGGAGGCCUCGAUUCGAUGAACUUGUGCUUCGCAUUGAUGAAAUGAAGAGGUUGGUGCCGUCGUCAAGGCGAUUCUCACAGAACAAGACUGGAGUGACGUCAAACACCGAGCAUCGUGAGGAAAGCAGCUUUAGCGGUGUGAGCGAUGGCCUCUCUUCGAAGGUCCCCGAAGCACACACAAGCGCAAUGGCACCGGAGGAUGAUGUGCCUAUUUCAACAUUCGGUGCUUCGCUACGACGAGAGGAUUUCCAGCUUGCGAUGGAGGUGGCUCAAGACACCAUCAUGGAGCGUGUGGAGAAGCUGCAGCAAUUCUACACGGUGAAACCGGCCUGCUCCUACGGUAUCCAUGUGUCCCAUCUAUCCCUGCAGCCGCUUGUGGCAAUCCCGGCCAACGAGUGGCGGUCGGAACGGGGUAUGUCACGCGCAAGCUCGUCCUCGCGUACGUUGUCGCGGUCGGUGAGUCGCUCGAGCCGCCGCCGCUCUGAUCAGCGCGAGUCGUGGUCAAGUAAGGUGGAAGGCGUAAAGAGGAGUUCACCUUCAAUUGAAGCCAAAAAACUUUCUGCCGCUGCCUUGAAGGAAAUGCUCUCCGCACGGGGAUCUGCGGCAUCCACGGAAACCACAGAGCGGCGCAGCCAUGGGAGUCAAUCACACGUACUACUGUUCCCGGAGGUGGAGAGCAUCGAUUGUGUUGCACAGCGAGUGGCCCAGCGUGUGCUAGGCGAAGGGAAUUUCGUGCAUGAGCGGCCAUGGAUCACCCCUGUAUGCGGUCGCGUAUGGGUGAUGAUGUUUGAGCAGUUCAUUUCCAGAUGCCUGGACCAAAUACGAAAAGGAUACUCCCAGGUCUUUGCAGUGGAUGAGCCAUACCAAUUGGUGCUCUUCAACGCUGUGUGUCUACUAAAGCACGCCAUGGUACAAGGCACAGAAAUUUCGAGAAGUUUGAGUGUGAUUGGGUUUGCGGUGACCCCUCAGAAGCGAAAAAAGCCUCCACCACCAAUCCUUCUGUCGAAGGAGACAGCCGAGCGUCUGUCUUUCAUUGAUACCUUCUACGAAUGCUUGGCUGGCCUCGUGAAGGUGAGCAGUGCUUCUGUCGUAGAGUGCGUUCAUACAGUGCAGAAGGUAAUGCAGGAAAACUCACCAGGUGGUCUGAUGUUCCUGGAGGAGCUGUCAGUGCUCAUACGUACCGCUGAGUGCGAAACUGAUCGCCGGAUGUUGGAGGAGAUUAUUCUCACUAUUGUGCAGCGGGUUGAGCUCUACUGCUGGCUUGUUCUCUUCCAGCUGUUUCUGUCGUCACCGGCGACGACAGGUGUGUUUGAAGGUGACAGCAAUGUGAAUCUACCGUCCUUCGCCGCCUUUGUGGAUGAUCCUGUAAUACGUAAUUGGGUGGACCGCAUCGAUCCGUGGCACAAUGCCCCUGAGCGGUCACCCGACCCGUUUCACCUGCGGUACAGCAAUGGACUGCGGCGCUGGGAUGACCGUAGCUACAUAUUCCACGGGGCCGUAUGA